UUGCAGAUUGAAACAAAGAAUGCGAUAGCAGAACUGCUAAAACUAAAGGGGCAAUAUAAAGAAGAAUUCGGCGAGGAAUAUACACCAGCUGCUGCUGACGCUAUAAAAGACCGAAAGGUAAUAACAAAAGCGGAUCUGAUCGAAUAUUAUGACGUCUCAGGUUGUUAUGUUUUGCGCCCUUGGUCAUUUGGAAUCUGGGAAAUUAUCAAGAAUUUUUUUGAUAGGGAGAUCAAAAAACUGGGCGUACGCAAUUGUUACUUUCCAAUGUUUGUCUCACAAAAUGCACUGGAAAAGGAGAAGAAGCAUAUUGCUGAUUUUGCGCCUGAGGUGGCGUGGGUAACUCGAGCUGGUAGUUCGGAGUUGAGCGAACCGAUUGCAAUACGUCCAACAAGUGAGACGGUGAUGUAUCCAAGCUAUGCGAAAUGGGUGCAGUCUCAUCGUGAUCUGCCAAUUCGACUGAAUCAGUGGUGCAAUGUUGUGCGCUGGGAAUUCAAACACCCGACUCCAUUUCUGAGGACACGCGAGUUCUUGUGGCAGGAGGGGCAUACAGCGUUCCAAACGGCGGCAGAAGCUGAGGAGGAAGUGUUUACAAUUCUCGAUUUGUAUGCUAAAGUUUACACUGAUCUUCUGGCUAUACCAGUCACCAAAGGCCGUAAAUCGGAAAAAGAGAAAUUUGCUGGUGGUGAUUUUACAACAACCGUUGAAGCAUUCGUUCCAGUCAAUGGGCGAGGCAUUCAGGGCGCGACAUCUCAUCAUCUCGGACAGAAUUUUUCCAAAAUGUUCAAUAUUUCCUUCGAAGAUCCUGAAACUGGAAAAAGAUCAUUUGCCUGGCAAAAUAGUUGGGGUAUGACAACGAGGACAAUCGGUGCGAUGAUAAUGAUACAUGGUGAUGACAGUGGACUGGUGCUGCCACCCCGGGUUGCGCCUCUUCAAGUGAUUGUGAUACCGGUUGGAAUCACAGCACAAAUGGAUGAAGAAACGAAGAAAAAAAUCAUUGUGAAGGCGGAGGAAAUUGCUAAAAAUUUAAAAAAUUCGAACAUCCGGGCUGAAAGCGACCUACGAGAUAACUAUUCGCCGGGAUGGAAAUUCAACCACUGGGAAUUGAAAGGCGUUCCAAUAAGACUUGAAAUUGGACCAAUGGAUCUAGCAAAAUCUCAGGUGAGUCGAGGCGAAUGUACAGUUGAGGGGGAAGUAAAUUCUCUCGGGAAAUUUGAGCUUAUUUCUAAUCUUUGAGU